CAUAUCAACUCAUCACAUUUCACUAACUAAGCAAAAACAAGAAAGGAGAAUGGAGCUACAACUACAACACUACCAAUCAAGAAGUGUGAAGCAAAAUGUUUAUGGAGUUAAAUUCAACUCAAAGGAUUAUAGAUGUUCUCCCAAAACAUAUUUGCCUGAUCCCACUGCUCACCAAUAUCAAAUGCUUCCUUCUCCUACCAAAAUCAGACACAGUAGAGUCAAUUCAGCCAUCACCAAAGUUGUCAAACUCAGAGAAAGCCUACACAUUUUUGCACAAGGCAUCCGAGAGCAUGUGAAAAUAGGACCAAAGUUUAGCGAGACGGUGAAAGGAAAGCUGAGACUAGGGGCAAGAAUCCUUGAGGUUGGAGGGGUUGAAAAAGUGUUCAUGAAGAAUUUUGAGGUUGUGGAUGGUGAGAAACUGUUUACUGCAUCUCAAUGCUACUUAUCAACCACAUCUGGCCCCAUAGCCGGACUACUCUUUGUUUCGAGCGAAAGAGUUGCUUUCUGCAGCGAUCGAUCCAUCAAACUAUCUUCUCCCAACAUAAAACUACACUACAAGGUGAUGAUCCCUUUGAGGAAAAUAAGGAGAGCAGUUGAAAUUGAGAAUGUGAAGAAACCGCGACAAAAAUAUGUGGAAAUAGUUACGGAGGACAACUUCGACUUCUGGUUCAUGGGAUUUCUCAACCAUCAAACAACGUUGAGACAUUUGCAGCAGGCAAUCCAUCAAGCCAGGAGACACUUUUGGGCAACAGAGAUCGUAUAAGAGUGUCGUUAUUGUCUCGUUUUCGUCAUGUUCUUUUGAUUUUCUCCUUAGUAUUCGGAGAUCUACCUAAUGAAUUUGUUUGUACUACUUAAGUAUCAUGAAAAAUGAGAUGAUAUUGUCA